AUGGAGGAUGUCAGAAUUUCACUCGAUGACCUGGAGAAGGGCUUGGAGAACACGGCUUUCGACUCCAUGGUAAAUCUUCCCUUCUCUUCUGCACUGGCCUUUGGACCUGCUUUGAGAACACUGACUAACAGGAUGUUUGACAGGAAGAAGAGGAACUCCCUGAGGGAGCACAGAAUCUGCCUCCUGAGAACAACAGACAGGAGAGAGCUGAACACUCCACCUUCUGGAGGCCCCUCGACCUCUACAAACUGCAGUAUCUCCACAGCUUGCCCACACUGCAGAAGCCUGGACCAACAUAACUUCAUGCACUGUUCCAAGAGGAAGCAUUUCUGUGAAGAACUUAUGGUUGAAGUUCUGGACAGGCCAACAAGCAGGUCGAGUACCAAGGGGAAAGGGGCUUGUGACCAGAGAAAAGACAUACGGAGAGGAGCUUUGCUUGUGCGUCGGUGUCUCUGUUUGCAUCUCCCCAGGCGUGCAGCACAGCCCGGGUUGCGGGCCAGAAGAGUGUGUAAGGCUCAUGUCAAGGUGCUCCGGAAGGUCUUCCUGGGCCUCCUGUGUGCAGCAUACUUGGCCUAUUUCAUUGCGGCCUGUUGGCUGGACUUCCAGCGAGCCAUUGCCUUGGUCGUUAUUACUGGUCUGGUCAUCUUCUUUGUGGUCUGGGGGCUCAUUCAGAAACACUGUGGAGCAAAGCUGAUGAAGCUUCUGAGCCCCUGUCGGAAAUGUUGCCUGAAGUCCUGGCCAUGGCUAAAAUGGGUGUUCUGGCUGGCCAUUCUGGUUGGUCUGGUCACGUGGCUGGUUCUGGACACCUCCAAAAGGCCAGAGCAGUUGAUUUCAUUUGCUGGCCUCUGCGCAUUUGUUCUGUUCCUCUUUGCCUGCUCCAAGCACCAUGCUGCAGUGCCCUGGAGAGCCGUCUUCUGGGGCCUUGGCCUGGAGUUCGUUCUUGGGCUCUUUAUAAUCAGAACGGAUCCUGGAUUUGAAGCAUUCCAAUGGCUUGGCAAUCAGAUCCAGAUCUUUCUGAGUUACACCACCGCUGGCUCCAGCUUCAUCUUUGGGGACAGACUGAUCACGGAGGCCUUUGCCUUUCAGGCUUUACCGAUUGUCGUGUUCUUCAGCUGUGUGAUGUCCAUUCUCUACUACGUUGGCCUCAUGCAGUGGCUCAUCCUGAAGAUCUCCUGGCUGCUGCAAAUCACCAUGGGUACUACGCCCACUGAGACUCUCAGUGUGGCAGGAAACAUCUUUGUAGGACAGACAGAGGCCCCGCUGCUGGUCCUCCCCUACCUGGCAGACAUGACACUCUCAGAAGUCCAUACAGUGAUGACCGGGGGCUUCGCCACCAUUGCCGGCAGUGUGAUGGGAGCCUACAUGUCAUUUGGGAUCGACCCCUCCUCACUGAUCGCUGCCUCUGUGAUGGCUGCGCCUUGUGCUCUCGCCAUGGCCAAGCUGGUCUACCCAGAAGUGGAAGAGUCCAAAUUCAAGAGCAAGGAAGGCGUGAAGCUCGCUAGAGGGGCUGAGCAGAAUAUCCUGGAAGCUGCCAGCAAUGGUGCCGCUGCCUCCGUGGGGCUGGUCGCUAACAUUGCAGCCAACCUGAUUGCCUUCCUGGCUGUGCUGAAGUUCAUCAAUGUUGCCCUGUCCUGGUUCGGGGAGAUGGUGAACAUCAAGGAGCUCUCGUUCCAGAUAAUCUGCUCCUACAUCCUGAUGCCUGUGGCCUUCCUCAUGGGGGCAGACUGGGCAGACUCACCUCUGGUGGCCGAGCUGUUAGGCAUCAAAAUCUUCCUGAACGAGUUUGUGGCAUAUGAGCAGCUGUCGACGUACAAGAAGAACCGGCUGUCGGGGCUGGAGGAAUGGAGCGGGGGUCGCAAGCAGUGGAUUUCGAUGCGAGCCGAAACCAUUACGACCUUUGCCCUCUGUGGAUUCGCCAAUCUCAGCUCCAUUGGGAUCAUGCUGGGAGGACUGACGUCCAUGGUUCCCCAGCGGAAGAGUGAGUUUGCUAGCAUCGUGCUGCGAGCGCUGCUCACCGGGGCCUGUGUCUCCAUGCUCAACGCUUGUGUCGCAGGCAUCCUGUAUGUGCCCCGAGGGGAAGUGGCCGACUGCUCUGCGUUCCUGAGCACGGCAACCUUUAACACCACCAGCUACGACAUCUACAUGUGCUGCCGGCAGCUGUUUGCUAACACUGUGCUCAGCAACAAUGGGACCUUAUCCUUCACCGGCAGCUGGGUGGGACUUGAGUUCAGCAUGGCCUCUCUGACACAGUGCUGCGGGCACUACAACAACACAGUCUGCGCUGGGCUGCCCUAG